AUUUCAUAGAAAUUGUCAUAAUUUCUCCCACAGAAGAAGCAAAAAAAUUGGUCAUUAGAAUAAUGAUGAGCGUAUUUACUAUUAACUAGUCAAUCUAAUCAACUAUCCAUCUGAAGUGUCAAAUAUUAUUUUUCGUGUGUAUUUAGGCUUUGGAUAGUGAUAAGUCGACUUUUAAAUGAAAAAUAUCGCCAGUCUUCGGAGCUCACACUACAUGGAGGGGGGUCCCGUCCAUAUAAAAUCAGGCUAACCAUUAUGAGUUUUCAGUAUUGAAGUAUUUCUCUAAAUAUGAGAUCCUGCGGGCUUAUGGCUGCCUUUGCAGCUAUCCUCAUCAGUCAUGCUGGAGCAACUGAUAAUAAAUCACCACGAUCGACGGUCAGUUUCAUUGACAAGUUCAUUAACGGAAUUUUAAGUAAUAGAACUGCUUGUAAGGCAAAUUAUUUGGACGCUGUUCAUAUAGAUUACGUAAUAAAGAUGAGCCAGGCAUUAGCCUUUAGUUCUGUGAAUUUCAAAAACCCUGUAUUUAAGGACGCUUUAGAAGCAGCUCGAAAAGAGGGAAAAAACGUUGAGAAAUGCGCUAAUGCAAGUAAAAGUAUUGAGGAAAUAGAGAAUACAUACCUACUACAAUUAGAUUUUUGUCGAAUUGAACAUAGGCCAGACUACAAAAGCGUGGACACUAGUAUUGACAAAUGGCAAAAGGAAGGAAGGGAUCUCCAAGAGGAGAUUAAACUCAAUUCUGAGUGUUUCAGAGAGCAUUGUGGAGAGCAAUGUAAGACCCCGCAGUGUGACUCGCUUAAACGUAUCUUUCGAUCCUGGAAAAAAAAAGGACUAAUGCUGCGAAGGGAAGUGCGACGGUUCAAUAAAAUGAAAACCAGAACGUUGCAAUGCUUCGCCAAAGCACGCCUUCAUUUCCGAAAAGCACACAAAAAACGGAACAACCGCGCAUUCAAGUGUAUCGCUAACUCCGUUUGAGGUAGACGAAUCCUCUACGGAUUCAAACUGAAGAGCCAGCGAUUACGGAAACAGCAACCGAAGCAUUUUCUAGAUCAGAACUCAGAGUCGCCUCUAAAUUUGGGGCUGAAAAACCACCAAAAGCUUUUUCGGAAACAAGAAAUAAAGCUAGAAAUUGUAGAUAAUAUUUUAUGUUGUAAUUCAAUGGA